CGGGUGGAGAAGCGAGAGCCUGCUAUCUCUGGCCCCGGCUGUAUCCGGCACGGUAAGGAAGUCGCUUUGGCUUCACCACCCCCACUAAGCGGCCCUUCCUGCCGCCAAAGCCUGGCGGCGCUGUCCUCCUCCCAGUUGUUGCUCCUCCUCCCCUCACUGUCCCAGGGCGCAGGACUGACAUCACACCCAGAGUUUCCAUCCGACUAAGGUAGGAGGAGGAAGAGGUUGAGCGGAGUGGCAGCAUGAUGGCGGUGGUCGGUAGGACUUAGGAAACGGCGGCGGAGGAGGAAUCCAGUACCUGCUCCCCAGACCUAUUGUUCAAGCUGGUGGGGGCUGCGGGCUCGCCGUGUGGGGCCUUAAGGAGCCGGCGGCCCAGGCCCUGUGGUAGCCGCAGGAGCAGCCUCCGACCCUAGGUUGCAGCACAGACAUCUUCGUGGGGUGUAGCGCCCUAGGGAGGCCGGGCCGGGCGCACACACGCAGGUAAUUUGGGAAAAAUCCUCAAUACCUGCAGAGACCAGUUGAGUAAAUAAGUCACCUGGAAAACAGAGUUCCAAGAAGUGGAUUCUUGACAUCUGCCUUCUAACCUGAGUGGACUUCUACUUCUCUUUUAAACUUUUUAAUAUUUAUGAUGAAUGGACACAGUGAUGAAGACAUUGUAAGAAACAGUAGUGGAGAGUCAAGCCAAACAGAUGAUGAUUCUGGGUCAGCAUCAGCUUCGGGAUCUGGUUCAAGCUCUGGAAGCAGUAGUGAUGGAAGUAGCAGUCAGUCAGGUAGCAGUGACUCUGAAUCUGGUUCAGAGUCAGGCAGUCAAUCAGAAUCAAAGUCUGACACAUCUAGAGAGAAGAAACAAGUUCAAGCUAAACCACUACCAAAAGCUGAUGGAUCUGAGGUUUGGAAGUCCAGUCCAAGUAUACUUGCUGUGCAGAGAUCAGCAGGGCUCAAGAAGCAACAUCAGAAGGCAGCCUCAUCAGGCAGUGGUUCAGAAGAGGUUUCAUCGAGCAGUGAAGAUUCUGCAGAUGACUCUUCCAGUGAAACCAAGAAGAAAAACCAUAGAGAUGAAGACUGGCAAAUGUCUGGCUCAGGGUCAGUAUCAGGAACUGGUUCUGAUUCUGAAUCAGAGGAAGAUAGAGAGAAAAGCAGUUGUGAAGACAGAGAAUCUGUCUAUGAGCCAAAAAACAAGGUCAAAAGCCAGAAACCUCCAAGCAGAAUUGAGCCAAAAAGCUGCAAAAAGAUUGCAGGACAGAAAAAGAGGUAUCUUGAUUCAUCAGAUGAUGAUGACUAUGACAAGAGAGUGUCUCGUCGCCAGGCAACAGUCAAUGUUAGUUACAAAGAAGCUGAAGAAACCAAGACAGAUUCUGAUGACUUGUUGGAAGUUUGUGGAGAAGAUGUCCUACAGCCUGAAGAAGAUGAAUUUGAAACUAUAGAGAAGUUUAUGGAUAGUCGAAUUGGCCGAAAAGGAGCCACUGGUGCUGCAACCACCAUCUAUGCUGUUGAGGCAGAUGGUGACCCAAAUACUGGGUUUGAAAAGUCAAAGGAGCUAGGAGAAGUACAGUAUCUUAUUAAAUGGAAAGGUUGGUCACACAUCCAUAAUACUUGGGAAACUGAAGAAACACUAAAGCAACAAAAUGUUAAAGGAAUGAAGAAACUGGACAACUAUAAGAAAAAGGAUCUGGAAACAAAACGCUGGCUGAAAAAUGCUUCUCCAGAAGAUGUGGAAUAUUAUAACUGCCAGCAGGAACUUACAGAUGAUCUACAUAAACAAUAUCAAAUAGUGGAAAGGAUAAUUGCUCAUUCAAAUCAGAAAUCAGAAGCUGGUUAUCCAGAUUACUAUUGCAAAUGGCAGGGUCUGCCUUACUCAGAAUGUAGCUGGGAAGAUGGUGCUCUCAUUGCCAAAAAAUUUCAGGCGUGUAUUGAUGAGUAUUUUAGCAGAAAUCUAUCCAAGACUACUCCAUUUAAGGACUGCAAGAUUCUAAAACAGAGGCCGAGGUUUGUUGCACUAAAGAAGCAACCGUCUUAUAUUGGAGGACAUGAGAGUUUAGAAUUAAGAGAUUAUCAGUUAAAUGGACUGAACUGGCUUGCUCAUUCAUGGUGCAAAGGGAAUAGUUGUAUUCUUGCAGAUGAAAUGGGUCUGGGUAAAACAAUACAAACAAUUUCUUUUCUGAACUACCUGUUUCACGAACACCAACUGUAUGGGCCUUUCUUGCUAGUCGUGCCACUUUCUACCUUGACAUCUUGGCAAAGAGAGAUUCAAACUUGGGCUCCUCAGAUGAAUGCUGUUGUUUACUUAGGAGAUAUAACUAGCAGAAAUAUGAUAAGAACUCAUGAAUGGAUGCAUCCACAGACAAAACGAUUAAAAUUUAAUAUACUUCUAACAACUUAUGAAAUUUUGCUGAAGGAUAAGUCAUUCCUUGGUGGUCUGCAUUGGGUAUUUAUAGGAGUUGACGAAGCUCAUCGUUUAAAAAAUGAUGAUUCCCUUCUGUAUAAGACUUUAAUAGACUUUAAGUCUAAUCAUCGUCUUCUUAUUACUGGAACCCCUCUACAAAACUCCCUCAGAGAGCUUUGGUCUUUGCUGCACUUCAUCAUGCCAGAAAAGUUUUCUUCCUGGGAAGAUUUUGAAGAGGAGCAUGGCAAAGGGAGAGAGUUUGGUUAUGCAAGUCUUCACAAAGAACUUGAACCAUUUCUACUCAGAAGAGUUAAAAAAGAUGUAGAAAAAUCUUUACCUGCCAAGGUUGAACAGAUUUUGAGGAUGGAAAUGAGUGCAUUACAGAAGCAAUAUUACAAGUGGAUUUUAACCAGGAAUUAUAAAGCCCUGAGUAAAGGUUCAAAAGGCAGUACCUCAGGAUUUUUGAACAUCAUGAUGGAACUCAAGAAGUGUUGUAACCAUUGCUACCUCAUUAAACCACCAGGUGAUAAUGAAUUCUGUAAUAAACAGGAGGCCUUACAGCAUUUAAUACGUAGCAGUGGGAAACUAAUCCUUCUUGACAAGCUACUGAUUCGUCUACGAGAACGUGGCAACAGAGUACUGAUUUUCUCUCAGAUGGUGAGAAUGCUAGACAUCCUAGCGGAGUAUUUGAAGUAUCGUCAGUUUCCCUUUCAGAGACUUGACGGAUCAAUAAAAGGAGAAUUGAGGAAACAAGCCCUGGAUCAUUUUAAUGCAGAAGGAUCAGAGGACUUCUGCUUUUUGCUGUCUACCAGAGCUGGAGGAUUAGGUAUAAAUUUGGCAUCUGCUGACACUGUAGUAAUAUUUGAUUCUGACUGGAAUCCACAGAAUGAUCUGCAAGCACAGGCUAGAGCUCAUAGGAUUGGACAGAAGAAACAGGUUAAUAUUUAUCGGCUAGUCACGAAAGGAUCAGUAGAAGAAGACAUUCUUGAAAGAGCCAAGAAAAAGAUGGUGUUAGAUCACUUAGUAAUUCAGAGAAUGGACACUACAGGGAAAACUGUACUACAUACAGGCUCUACUCCUUCCAGCUCAACACCUUUUAAUAAGGAAGAAUUAUCAGCAAUUUUGAAGUUCGGUGCUGAGGAACUUUUUAAAGAACCUGAAGGGGAAGAAGAGGAGCCUCAGGAAAUGGAUAUAGAUGAAAUCCUGAAGAGGGCUGAAACUCGAGAAAAUGAGCCAGGCCCAAUAACUGUAGGAGAUGAAUUGCUUUCACAGUUCAAGGUUGCUAACUUUUCCAAUAUGGAUGAAGAUGACAUUGAGUUGGAACCAGAACAAAAUUUAAGAAACUGGGAAGAAAUCAUUCCAGAAGUCCAGCGGCGACGAAUAGAAGAGGAGGAAAGACAAAAAGAGCUCGAAGAAAUAUAUAUGCUCCCAAGGAUGAGAAACUGUGCAAAACAGAUCAGCUUUAAUGGAAGUGAAAGGAGACACAGUAGGAGCAGAAGAUAUUCCGGAUCUGAUAGUGACUCCAUCUCAGAAAGAAAACGACCAAGAAAACGUGGACGACCACGAACUAUUCCUCGCGAAAAUAUUAAAGGAUUUAGCGAUGCAGAGAUUAGGCGAUUUAUCAAGAGUUACAAAAAAUUUGGUGGCCCACUUGAAAGGUUAGAUGCUAUAGCUAGAGAUGCUGAGCUAGUUGAUAAAUCUGAGAUGGACCUUAGACGGCUGGGAGAACUUUUACAUAAUGGAUGCAUUAAGGCUUUAAAUGACAAUUCCUUUGGACAGGAAAGAGCAGUGGGUAGACUUGGGAAAGUUAAAGGCCCAACAUUCCGAAUAUCAGGAGUGCAGGUGAACGCAAAGCUAGUCAUCUCUCAUGAAGAAGAGUUGGCACCAUUGCACAAAUCCAUUCCUUCAGAUCCAGAAGAAAGGAAAAGGUAUGUCAUCCCAUGCCACACUAAGGCAGCUCAUUUUGAUAUUGAUUGGUGUAAGGAAGAUGAUUCCAAUCUGUUAAUAGGUAUCUAUGAAUAUGGCUAUGGCAGCUGGGAAAUGAUAAAAAUGGACCCUGAUCUCAGUUUGACACAGAAGAUUUUACCUGAUGAUCCAGAUAAGAAACCCCAAGCCAAGCAGUUACAGACCCGUGCAGAUUACCUCAUUAAAUUGCUGAAUAAAGACCUUGCAAGAAAAGAAGCACAAAGACUUACUGGUGUAGGCAAUUUAAAGAGGAGGAAAACAAGAACUAAGAAGAACAGAGCAACAAAGGCUGCAAAAAUUAAGGAAGAAAUAAAAAGUGACUCCUCAUCACCACCCUCAGAAAAAUCUGAUGAAGAUAACGAGAAUGAGAUUGUUACAGUGAAGCAUCCACAUAAAAAAAUAAAAGCAGAAGAAGAAAAUGAAGAAAAGCCUGAGCCAGAUAUUGGUAUAAAAAAGGAAGCUGAAGAAAAAAGAGAGACAAAGGAAAAAGAAAAUAAGAGGGAUUUGAAAAGGGAGAAAAAAGAAAAAGAGGAUAAGAAAGAAUUAAAAAAUAUUAAAGAAAAGAGAGAAAACAAAUUAAAAGAAUUCACACUGAAAGAAAAAGAAGCAAAGGAAGUAAAGGUAAAUGAAAUCAAAUCUGAAAAUAAAGAAAAAAAUAAAAAAGUUUCAUUGUUGGAUAUUCCAGUUCAUAUUACUGCAACUAGUGAACCAGUUCCUAUAUCUGAAGAAUCUGAAGAACUGGAUCAGAAGACAUUCAGUGUGUGCAAAGAAAGAAUGAGGCCUGUCAAAGCAGCAUUGAAGCAACUGGAUAGACCAGAGAAAGGCCUUUCUGAAAGGGAACAGCUUGAGCAUACUAGACAGUGCCUAAUAAAAAUUGGGGACCACAUUACUGAAUGUCUAAAGGAGUACACAAAUCCUGAACAAAUUAAACAAUGGAGGAAGAACUUGUGGAUUUUUGUCUCUAAGUUUACAGAAUUUGAUGCCAGAAAGCUGCACAAGCUGUAUAAACAUGCAAUCAAAAAACGUCAAGAAUCUCAGCAACACAAUGACCAGAAUAUUAGCAGCAGUGUGAGUACAUGUGUAAUUAGAAAUCCAGAUGUAGAAAGACUGAAAGAUAAUACAAACCAUGAUGACAGCAGCAGGGACAGUUAUUCUUCUGAUAGACGUUUGCCACAAUACCAUGAUCUUCAUAAGGACAGGCAUCAGCAAGAUGCUCAUAAGAAAAGUGACUCUAGGAAAAGGUCCUAUUCAUCCUUCAGCAAUGGAAAAGACCACAGAGACUGGGAUCACUAUAAACAAGACAGCAGAUACUAUAGUGAUAGUAAGCAUAGAAAGUUGGAUGACCACAGGAGCAGAGAUCACAGGUCAAACCUGGAAGGAAGUUUAAAAGACAGUCGGCCUCAUUCAGAUCACCGUUCCCAUUCAGAUCACAGGAUACUUUCAGAUCACCGUUCCACUUCAGAGUACAGCCAUCAUAAAUUUUCCAGAGAUUAUAGGUACCACUUAGACUGGCAAAUGGACCACAGAGCUUCUGGUAGUGGCCCAAAAUCACCAUUAGAUCAGAGGUCUCCUUAUGGUUCAAUGUCUCCUUUAGGACACAGAUCUCCAUUUGAACACUCGUCAGAUCAUAAAAGUACACCUGAACAUACAUGGAGUAGCCAGAGAACUUAACAAAGACUGCCAUUUUUUGGAUCUUCUUUUAGCCAUAUGCAGUAAGCUACACAGUGACAUGAAAGCCUUACGUGACUUGAAAGAUAUGGACUGGGUAUUCUGUCAGUAGCAGUAUUGUUACUUCUUUCCGGAAUGCAUGAUCUAUCAUCCCAACAAUUGAAAAAUAUUUUUGUAUUUAAAGUUUAUGCUGCACAUGUUGUGGCACUUAUUUUUUUUUUUUUUCUUUUCCUCUCUUUAAGAAAUGGAAAAUGUUUACUUUUACUGGGUCCUCAACACUGCCCCAUUCAGACUGGAUCUUAUAAGACUGUUUUUAGGCUGAGCACAGUUCAAUUUAUGUUUUUAAAUGAAUUUUUAAACACUGACCUGUAGUCAUAUUUCAGGAAAGAAUUAAGAGUUUGUUUUGUUUUCUUAGUAAAGAGUUAUCAAGGACUUUGUCUCACUUUCUAAAGCUAUUUCUUUACGUUGUACACUGCAACCAUGUUGCCGCUUUUCAUCACAAGCUUGAAUAUUUAAGUUCUGUACCUAUAGCUGUAAAAUACCCAAGAUUUCUCCUGUUUGUGAUCAGUUGUAAUAAUGCCUUUUUACAAAACAAAAUAAAUGGCUGAAAAUUAUUGCAAACUAA